UGAUUGCUUUUGCCAGAAACAAAAUGUCAACCAAUGUGUUUGGUAGGUUGAGCUCUUAGACAGUGUUGAGCUGAUCUCAGAACGGUUGAGGUUUUUCUUCCGCUGACAUUCUCUUCCUUUUGGUACAAGUACACUUUCUUGCUUCUUAUCAUGAGACUUGCACACGGUGCCCGGCCUUGUUAACGGCCAACUCACGUCCUCGGGACACAUUUUCACCCUAGUAAUGUUCCGAGGAGCACGACGAUGGAAGAGAAAGCGUUAGAAGUGUAUGAUGUGAUUCGAUCCAUUCGAGAUCCAGAGAAGCCCAACACCCUUGAGGAGCUGGAGGUGGUGACAGAGCAAUGUGUGGAGGUCCAGGAGCUCGGCGAGGACGAGUAUCUCAUCAUCAUCAAGUUCUCCCCCACCGUCCCUCACUGCUCCCUAGCUACCCUCAUUGGUUUGUGUUUACAAGUGAAGCUGCAGAGAUGCUUGCCCUUCAAACACAAACUGGAAAUCUACAUUAGUGAAGGAACCCACUCCACAGAGGAGGACAUCAACAAGCAGAUCAACGACAAGGAACGAGUGGCGGCCGCCAUGGAGAACCCCAACCUGAGGGACAUCGUGGAGCAGUGUGUCAUCGAGCCUGACGACUGAUGAUGGUAUCGUGUUACCGCCAAGUGUGUGUGUAUAUGUGUGGAGUACGCACACUGGACUACAGGCAGGCACCACAUAGACCUUCCCGUCAUUCCUCGCUGGUGCAUGAUGGCGUUUGUUGCCAGGAAACAGGAAGUGUGUCCUGUUGCCAUGGAAGCAGAGUGAUGUGCUCCACAUUAGAUGAUUGGAUGAAUCACACUUGUUUGUUUAGUAAACAACUGUUUGAUAUUUACAGUACACAAACGCUUUCCUAUUGUUGUGUGUUGACUCUCUGUAAAGAAAAAUAAUAAUUUUAUUAAAGCCAUAUAAAACAACAAA